CUACUUUAAGAUGGCGCCGACUUACAAGCAGCGUUACUACACUCCACUGGAAGUUGAACAACAUUCUUCCAGCAAGGAUCUCUGGGUCAGCUUCUUGGGAAAAGUUUACAAUUUGACCCCGCUUGUGGAGAAGAACGGUGGUAACAUUCUAUUGAAACCCAUACUAAACGCUGGUGGAAAAGAUAUUUCACACUGGUUCAACACCAAUGGAACUAAUUGCGAGCCACUACCACCUCCACCAUUCGAGAAAAAUGGACACAGUAAUUCAACUGUUGAAAUAUCAACAUCACCAAGUUCUCAACACUCAUCACCAACUAAUGAUAAUGACAAAACUGAAAUGACAAAACUGCAUCAAAUUAAUAACGCAGAGUCUCUAGAGUGUUUCGCUGAAAUCGACAAAAAGUCAGAUUUUGACCCCCAAAUCCGGACUCACAUAGACGGAAAGACGGGCUGUGAAGUGCCGUAUACACCACAAGGUCGCUUUAUUCACAUUCCUCCACCCUAUCCUAGUGCUUCUUGGGCCAAUGACUUCGGUACUCCUUGGUGGAAAGAUGAGAGCUACUGUAUUGGACACCUGUCGACAAAGACUAGGAAGAUAAGGAUAAUCAACACACUGACUUCACAAGAACACACUCUGGAGGUUUGCAGUGAGGAAACUCUGGAGGAAAUACUCAACAGGUUUUACAAGUACAAUAAACAUGCUGCCAGCUAUACCUGGAAAUAUAACGGGACGAACCUAACGAUGACGAAGACACUUGAACAGAACGGUGUUAAAGAUGAGGAUGAGGAGUUCUACGAGCUUAACUUUAACGAGGAGGACUGGUUACCCGCUAUCCAUAUCUAUUUCAACGACGACUUGACCGAGGCUUGAACAGGACUUGUUCAAGGCCUAAAAUAGACUAGCUCGAGGCUUGAAAUAGACUUGCUUGAGACUUGAGCAAGGUUUUGAGGAAGCACUAAGGAGAUUGGAGAUAUCCGAUGUGGUUUUUCAGAUUUCACCCAUGCAUUCAGAUUUUAACUUAAGUCACUACUCUGUUUGUUCAGAUAUAAACUAUAAAUUGGGAAUAUUUGUGUGCGGGCAUCUAACAAAAACAUGUGAGGUUUUUGCUCCUUUUGAGAAUUUUAUUAAAUCCACAUUCCACAAAGAUCAUUUUGAUGGAUAAAUGAACUAAACCUGUCAUUAACAACUAGUAACUUCAGAUUCUUUCAGGUUGUAAAUUUCUGUAAACUUGUAAAUAACAAUAUUUAAUAUGAAUUCUCAAAAACAAUUCUUUCAA